CCUAAUUCGUUUUUUCCUCCGGGGACUCCAUUCCCACUCCCCAAAAAUCAAGACAAUGCUUGAGGACCGAGCCUUCUCGAUCUCCCGUGACUACUCCACGACCCCCCGCGAACCCGAUUGGGCCCACAUCAGCUACACGAACAAACGCCCCCCAGACGACGGAGAAGAAGCCCCCGCCCGCAAAUCCCCCAAACCCGAUCGACUCGACUCGUCUUCCCUAAUACCGGCCAUCGGUCGAGACAACUCCAUCAACUGCCUCCUCCGUUGCUCGCGUGCCGAUUACCAAUCCCUUUCGAGCCUCAACACUUCCUUCCGCAACCUAAUCCACUCCGGCGAGCUCUACCGUCUCCGCCGCCUCCACGGCGUAAUCGAGCAUUGGAUCUACUUCUCGUGCCAACUCCUCGAGUGGGAGGCCUUCGACCCGACCCGCCGCCGUUGGCUCCGCCUCCCGAGAAUGGACCCAAACGACUGCUUCCCGUACGCCGACAAAGAAUCCCUCGCCGUCGGGACAGACUUGCUCGUUUUCGGUCGCGACCUAACUUCCCACGCGGUCUACCGCUAUAGCCUCCUGACGAACGAGUGGUCUCCCGGGACGUCGAUGCUCGAGCCUCGUUGCCUCUUCGGCUCCGCGAGCUUCGGCUCGUCGGCCAUCGUCGCCGGAGGUUGCGACUCGUCGGGGAACGUUCUCCAGUCGGCCGAGAUUUACGACUCAGAGACGGGCUUCUGGCGGAGGCUGCCCGACAUGAACCGGGCUCGGAAGAUGUGCUCGGGCGUGUUCAUGGACGGGAAGUUCUACGUCGUGGGGGGCGUCGGGAUGGGCUCGGAGAUUCUGACGUGCGCGGAAGAGUUCGACCCGGCAACGGGGGUUUGGAGGGAGUUGCCGGAGAUGUCGCCGGUGCGGGCCCACGACGAGACGUUGCCGGUGCCCGUCACGUCGGAGGCGCCGCCGCUCGUCGCGGUGGUCGGGGACGAGCUUUACGCGGCGGAUUACGCGGCGAUGGAGCUCGAGUGGCGAAGGGCGUUUGUUCCAGGUAAGCAUGAGUUCAUGGUGAUGGCAUUGCAUAUGGAGAAAGAAAUAAGUGUUUGGUAACAUCUUUUAUUCUUCUUGGUUACUAAAAUGAGUUGAGCAAUUGGGAAGGGGCUUUUAUGAUAUUUAGCUGUGUGUAUUUCUGAGUGUCGAUCCUUCUUCUGGUUGGUCGGGUUUUCACCUUCUCUCGUUGAUAUACAAUUGCUUCGUGUCGAUUGUGUAUGCACACGAGACUGAUGUGUUGGCAUGUGUUUCGAUUGUCGAUCUUUCUUUCCUUUUACAAGUUGCAUGUUGAAUACCCGAACGCAAUGCAGUCUCCUUGAGGAUUGUAUUAAGUAAAUCAUCUGAAUUUUGAUGCAAGAACUUGCAAAUUGUGUGUGUUGGUUCUGUGUUAAAUUGGCCUUUUGCAACAGUCUUGAAAGGCUACACUCUUUUUUUUUUUGGCAGUAAAAUUAUUAAAUUUGUACACACAAUCGUGCAAUGAGUGUCUGAGUUCUGA